AUGCCUGUCCAUCGUCCAUCUCGUCCUAUCGCAUCGACAUCUAACUCCCGCAAAUCAACUGGAUUUUCAAUCAAUGAUAUUAUUAAAAACGAUGAUUCAGCGAAGAUUUCUCCUCGUGAUAAUCCUCCGCCAUUACCAUCAUAUUUACCUCCAACAUCGUGGAUACCACCGCCAACUAGCCUCGAUCCAAUCGUUCAAUACCAAUUACAAUAUCUUCGACAUAGUGGUCGAUUAUUUGACGGAAGAUUUGCUAGUCCAGAAGCAGCUGCAGCACUUAUCCUACAUUCGUUUCGUAAGCCGAAGCGCGUACGCACAGCGUUUACACCAGCCCAAUUACUGAAACUUGAAAAUGCAUUUGAAAAAAAUCAUUAUGUUGUCGGACAAGAACGCAAAGAAUUAGCGCGACAUUUAAAUUUAACCGAAACUCAAGUGAAAGUAUGGUAUCAAAAUCGUCGUACAAAACACAAACGAUUGAAAUCGGAAGACGGAAAUAAUAGUUCAAACGAUAUCAACGACGACGAGCAACAAGAUGAAUCAAUCGAACAUGAUCCCAAUCAACAAAAUCAAUCCGAUACAUCUGAUAUAACAAAUAAGAAUGAUGAUGAACAUUCAUGGGACAAUAAUAAUCAACAUUAUCAAUACCUUUCACAAUCAUCAACUCCUCGAUCGUCGAUUUCUGAUCGAUAUUAUUUACAUCUUGCUGCUGCAGCAGCAGCUGCUGCCGCGAAGAACGGUUCAUCAGAUGAUCAUCGAUAA